AUGACACCACUCAAUCAUUGGGGCAUCACCCUCGUUGUUGUCCCCAUUGUGGCAUGUGUUGUGACAACCCUCUUCUUCAUUCUCCGGUUGUAUUCUCGGCGACUUGUCCGUCAGAAAUUUGACCUCGGUGAUAUGUUGAUGGGCAUAGGGCUUGUCUUCUCAUACGGGCUAACCCUCUGUACUGUGAUAUCGGCAUUCAACGGCGUUGGCCACGAUUUCUGGUCCCUCUCCAGGCCUACCAGAGGAACAGUCACCUUGCUCUUCUGGUGCUCAACGAAAUUCUGGGUAUUAGGCCACGUCUUCGUGAAGAUUUCCUAUCUCGUUCUGCUCCGCAAGCUUUUCGGAGCCAUCACAUAUUGGCGGAAGCUUACCACUGCAUUGAUCGUGUUCACGCUUGCCUGGGGCAUUGCUUCCCUGCUUGUCAGCAUCUUCCAAUGCUGGCCUGUGCGUUAUUUCUGGAUCAAACAUAUUGAUGGCAGCUGCAUGCGUGGGCGAAAUACAUUUUACAUCAUAGCUGGGUCAAUUGCGCUGGCUGAGAACUUCGUAUUGAUCUUGGUGCCCUUGAUUGUGGUUUGGGGAAUGAAACUGACGCCCCGACAGAAGGUGGAAUUAAGUCUUCUUUUUGGCUUUGGUGGAUUGGUCUGUGCCGUCGGGUUUCUGCGUAUGAUCACGUUCAAGAGAUACGUGACGGCAGAUGCUACCACAAACGGAUACCUCCAGUCCAUAUGGUCCAUUGUCGAACUUGAUUUGGGAAUCAUAUGUGCUUCGGUGAUAUUGAUGCGCCCGAUAUUCCACCGCGUCACAAAGACAUUCAAGAUAAAAUGUUGCGCCAUGCGGGCCCAGACAUCCGAUUCCAGCGCCUCUUCAAAACGCGCGCAGAUGAUGAGGUCAUUGUCAUGGCCGAGGCCGCUGUCCUUUGCAGAAACGGGAUCAGUGGAUGAGUGGUCGCAAGUGCGAGCUUCAGCAUACAGUACGCGUGUGCGUGGUAGUGUGGAUGAAACUCCCAGCUUAGCUGGGGUCCGGGACAUAAUGGUUGAAGUGUCGAUUGAUCGCGAGAUGAGAGCGAAAGAGGAGAUGGUGGAUUCAAAUGGGCAGGAGUCCGCCCUACACCCUGCCCAAGAUGAGACUGACUUCGGCAAGUGA